AGGUCCAUUUUACGCUCAAGACCAACCGAGCUUUGCGCGAAGUUGCAUGAGCCAGUUUGAUUCACCAAGGUUUGUUUCUUUUAAAAAAAACUAUUUCAAACAUGCAUUAGGCUGCGUUUCCAAGGGAGAUAACCUGUCCGCGUGCUUAGACCUCAAAAGGACGAAGAACCUCGGCAAUUGAUGCAAAUAGAUUAAGUAGAUUUGCAGGGAUAAACUUUAAUGUAAUUUAAGUAGAUUUGGGGCUAAAAAAACAACGCUCAGUUGAAUAUGCUGAGAACUACUGAUGCGGCAAAGUAUCUCGUGACUAAUGUAACUUGAUCACCCAAAAAAGAUCUCUCACCGUGCAUAUGAGCAGAUAGACUUGCUACACAGAAUAUUCAGUAAUAUUUAUUAUUAUCAACUAAUAACUCGCGCUGUCAUCAGUGCAUGCGAGUAUUUAUUUACUUAGUUUCAUUCAUCAAAGAAAACCCGAAGGGUAAUGGACCUAGUUGUACAAUACAUGUCUUCUUUGACGAGGAAUGCAGAUAAUUUGUUUGCCAUCUGGAUUUUCGUGUCCAAGCAUCGACCUUAUUUGAUGUUCUGAAACAAAAGGGACCGACGCUGGUGUGUCAGGCAAAUGGAUAAAUACUAUGUUCAAUCAACAAUCUAAAAGCAUAUUAGUGUUCUGUCUUAUCACACCUCCGGCGUAUUCGCCAUUCAAUGCGUGAUUGUGGUACGUAUCAAACACAAUCCCAUCCAUCACGAUGCGCCGCACAGCAAUAGCCCAUAUCUGUAUCAUAUUAUCCUCCGUUCUAGCCGACUUCACGAGAGGAAAGUCCGGAGGUUUUGUACGAGUAAAACUAGUAAACUUUAAAAACAAAAAUCACACGGACUUUUCAGGAGGAUGUUGUGCUACGAAAUGUCUUCCAUGUGACUACAAGUUCUCAAUAUGGAUCACUUGUGAUGGUAAAACCACGGAUUCAUCGUGUUUAUAUGGUUGGGGGAAAACUGGAGUAUUCUAUGGUGUAUCUGAAAUAUCUUUUACACAAGACCUCAGAAAUGGCUUGCACAAUCCGUUGACGUUUAACUUUACAUCUUUCCAGGGCAAUCUUGGGAUCAGAAUUCUCGCCACAAACCCAAACGGAUCCGAGAUUCACAACUAUCGAUUUCAUUACUCAGUUUACCCAACAAUUUACAACAAGAAAACAUGGAGAAAUUCCACUUUACCUGCACGAUAUAGCCUCUCAAACUCACAGAUACAACUGAGAUAUCAAGUUUAUUGCAAAGAACAUUAUUAUAGUCCCUCGUGUACCGUUGGAUGCCUUCCUGGGCCUAAUUAUAAAUGCGAUGAAAAUACUGGCAGAAAACUAUGCAUCAAAGGUUAUGUGGGACAAAAUUGUACCUGCAAACCAAGCCAUCAGUAUAACUGUGAUAUUACCACGGGAGACAGAAUCUGUUAUAAGCCCUGGUUUGGUGUAAAUUGCGACGUGAAAUGCCAGCCACGAAAGGACGCAUUGAGUGGUUAUAAAUGUGAUGGUAAAACUGGUGCAAAGGUUUGUUUGAAAGGUUGGUACGGUUCUGAGUGCAAUGAGACUACACGAGUCACGAGCGAAUUAGCUGAAAGAUCUACAAAAAUUCGUCCGAAGACACUGGCUCACAACUCUCAGCAAACGACAUCAGGUUUCUUUCCAUCCAAAAGUAGCAGACUUCAAAACAUCAUCCCAACAUCCAAACUUAUCAUAUCACCUUUGAAGAUGUCACUUAUAACGUCACCACUAAUGACCUCGUCAUCAUCAACGCUAUUACCACCAACAAAACUAUUAUCACGCCUAGUGCCUUUAUUCACUACACCACCAAUAACCCCAUCAUCAACAGUAUUACCAGCAACAAUGUUAUCACGCCUAGCGCCUUCGUUCACUACACCACUAAUGACGUCAUCACAUAUGACGUCACUUUCUAUGACGUCAUCAGAAGUUACCUCACACUUCGCAUCGUAUGUCCUUUCAACAUAUAUCGAGGGAUCAAAGGCUACAUCAAGCACGGUUAGGAACCUCACAGGGAUAAUAGAGGAUAGGAACCUGGAGACAACUAGGGACAGCAGUCACAGGGUAAAACAAAGUAGAAAUAAUACGAAGCUGACUGUUCCAAUAUCCAGUGAUAACACAGGUCGUGUUAAGGAAGACAAAGAACAUGUAGCACAGUCAACAAAGCCCGGCGUGAUUGAAGAAGACUUCGCCAGCAUGUGUUGUGAUGUCAAAUUCACGUCUACAUCACGUGUCACAACACCCAGCCCAGGAACAACGGAUGAAAGAAAAGGAAGAAAUGCAUGGUGGAUAAUAUUGAUGACCUUAUUAAUCAUUGCCAUUAUAUUGAUUGUCACAGGAAUUUCAGUUUAUAGAAAAAAAUACAGAAAACACAAAAUCUUGCCACAUUAUGGAGCUUCUAUGAAAGAGUUUCAGAUCCAAGCAGAAAGCAAUGGACUAGACAAGCAAAACUCAAACAAUAUGAAAAAUAAUUCAGCUGAAGAAGAUUUAGAUGCAAUUUGGCGAGUUAUGGUGACAUCUCAUGAGUAAAUGGUUUUCAUAACAAAUCUG